CACAAUCGAGACAAAGCCAAACACUUGACGCACGAAGUGUUGGCCGAUCGCGCCUUCUUUAACCUGUCCGUCCGACCGGCCAUUCUUACAUUGGACCCCAUCCUGGAGACCGAUGGCGCAGAGUACCGGUGCCGAGUAGACUUCCGAUGGGGUCGUACUCUCACUUCCGUUAUUAAUCUUAGUGUUAUUGUGCCUCCGAAAAAAUUAUACAUAACUGAUAGCAAGAAUCAACAGAUAUCUGGACUCAUCGGACCAGUUGAAGAGGGAUCUGAU